AAAGCUGGGGCCGGGGCGAUUGUUGCCAAGCUUCUCAUCAUUUUCAUUUUCAGAGCAGGAAGUGAAGUUAGUUUAUAAUUGACCUUGUUUGUGAGUUGAUUAGAAUUAAGCCAGACUGCAAUCUCCGGAAGAUUACCUUCAAGACAAGUAUGGAGAGCAAGGAAGCUGAAGCAUUACCGUUCUUCCUUCAAAAGCUGUGGCAAAUUGUGUGCGAUUCUUCCAACGAUCAUCUCAUCUGCUGGUCUGAGGAUGGCAAAGCAUUCUUUGUGCUGGUACCUGAGCAGUUUGCUCAUACCGUGCUGCCGCAGUACUUCAAGCACAGGAACUUCUCUAGCUUUGUACGGCAGCUGAACAUGUAUGGGUUCCACAAACUCGUGGCAACGGAAAACGGCCUAACUGCUAAUGGAGAGGAGAUUGGCUUUUCGCAUCCAUCCUUCGUCCAGAACAAACCUGAACUGUUGGACCAAAUCAAACGAAAGGUGAAUGCACGCAAUGCACAAGUUGUCCAGCCAGGAGUUCAAAUGUCACGAGACGAGCUUGGCACCAUGAUGAAGUCGCUGCAUGAGCUAAAGAGCCGUCAGGAUCAGGUCGUGUCUGCGUUGUCGAGUCUAACUCGCGACAAGGACGGCCUGUGGACUGAAGUUCUCACGCUCCGUCAGCAGGUGACCAAGCAGGACGCGGUGAUCAAGAAGCUCCUCGGCUUCAUCGGCCAGUGCGUCACGCAGGGCUCCCUGCCCAUGAAGCGUCCGCACUUGGCCAUCACGCAAGUCGGCGAGCUCGACGGCUCACCCUACAAGAUGGGCAGCCUGACUACUCCGCAGGAAAUGCAGCAAUUGAUGCAGCAAGCGGACCCUCAGUUCUCCGCUGACCAGUAUGUGGGUGCCUCUUCAGUCGCCCAGCCAUCCUCGAUGACCUCUACCAGCCUUGGUGAAGACAUACUCGUCAGGCCUUCCAAUGUCGUGCUUGAGGACGACGACCAGGACGACUUGGACUUUCUGCACGCGGUUUCGGACAUCUUGCCCGGCAUUGCCUCGACAACACAAUCCAACAGUGUGCCACAGACCCACGCCGCUGUUGGCAAUCACUCCUACAGUACACUGGCCACGACAUCAUCGUCCUCCUCUGAUGUCACUUCAACAACAGACUCGGCCUUGCUGGACGCUCUAGGUAUUACUGCGCCAAAGGACCUGAACCCGAAGUGCAUUCACUCCUGUGGAGAGCAUGUAGAGAAUGUACAGUUGGGUCUUGGAGGCGUGCAGAAGUACUUGUCCGGCGCUCUUGACUCCAACACGGUGGAUCAGCUUUUCGAUCCCACUGACCUGUUAAUGGAGCAGGCUGAUUUCUCUGUCGAUCCAUUCACGGGUGUACCGGUGUCUUCUCCGCCCAACCAGGCUCACGCGAUAUCCACAGCACCAGCGGCUGCUAGCACGGUUACAACUAGUCACUCUCAGCAGACCUGAGGCAGCUACGCAUCGCCGCUUAGCCUCCCAUCACCUGCCGGCCGCCGUGGGCAUUUGGACUGGCGUUGCCGCUCGCCGCGCAACACGUGUGCGAAAUUACAGACGCGUUGCUUCCGGGUGAAGCGAUCCUCCCUUGACAACAAACUAGCGUUGUUACACUUUGCUGUUGGCAUAGCGCCCAUCUUGUUUACUGCCUUUGCUCUGUCAGGCUUGUGUAGCACCUUGGGCUAGUGCAUGGCUACCCUUUUAGCGAUAUUACACAACGUAUUCCCCUGAACGAGUGCUCUGAUAGGAUCACAGCAUCAGCUGCCGUUGUUCUCCUUCGCUGUGCAACGAGGUGUGGUGCGCAUGGAGAGCGCGCGUGAAAUUCCCUUAGCUUGACCGGUCGUCCCGUCAACCGUCCGUUUGUCAUUGAAUAUGUCCGUCUAGCCUAGCACGUGGGUCUGCCAUUGACCCAGACUUGUCUCUGAAUCUGCUUGCAUGCUGAUUCCUGUCUGUUGAUUAGUACUGUUCAGCUUCGUCAACCAAUUGAGAGCAUGACACUAUACCGAAGCGCAUAUCACCAUAGCAUCAUUGUCUGAUAUCAUUUCGUUUUUGACAAUGUCCUCGUUCAGCAAUGUUUCCGUUUGUCAUUCUCCCGUGCAGUGCCGUUCCUGGCGCUCGGUAUUCUGCUGACACUUACUACUAACAGCCCUCCUCCAGUGUGAGGUGCCCUGCGCCCCGUGUGAUAGCUCCACGCCGCGCGGCUUACGUUCUUACACUUUUUGAUCAUGAUAGCAUGUUUUCGUAACCCAGCGCGGUCUUUGAUCAUGAUAGCAUGUUUUCGUAACCCAGCGCGGUCAGUUUAUGGUUUGUAUCUCAUCCCUGCGCCCGUAUAACAGUCCGGUGCAACUGUAUCUGACAAUUUAUUUUUGCAAGCCAGUGCUGUGUGUGUGUGUGUGUGUGUGUGUGUGUGUGUGUGUGUGUGUUUUGCUUUCUUCGGUUUUUUUUCUCCCCGUUGAUUUGGAUGAUGUCAUGUUACAUGACUGUGAUGACUCGCUAGCGUUGUCACUUCUUUUUUGUUUUGCCACUUACACUGCAAGUCAUUGGUUCAUCCCUAGCUGUAUUCUGCAAGUCUCCUCUUGUUGUUGCAACAUGAUAACUGUUGCGUUGCGUGGUAGUCACAUUGAAAUACUCA